AUACUUUCUAUAUCUACAAUAGAUUCAAGGCAAUAGAAGUAUUCUAUAAAUUGGGAAGAAUUGCUGAUUCUCAAGUGUAUAACUACCUGCUUCUAAAUUUUUAUAGAAGAUAAAAAUGUCAAGAAUUUUUAUCGGAGGUCUCACAGAGGAUGCUUCUAGGACUGAGUUGGAACGUGAAUUUGAAUACUUUGGUCGUUUACGAGAUGUAUGGGUUGCAAGGAACCCACCUGGUUUUGGUUUCAUUGUUUUUGAGGAUCCUCGGGAUGCAGAAGAUGCUGUAAAAGAUAUGGAUGGUAAACGUAUAUGUGGAACAAGAAUCCGUGUGGAGUUUGCUCGUGGACCAGUUAGGGGGGGUCGUGGUGGUGGUCCAAGAGGACGAAGUGAUAAAUGUUAUACUUGUGGUAAAUUUGGACACUCCACCCGAGAAUGUAGAAGUGGUGGAAGAUUUGGUGGAUCACGUAGACGUUCUAGAUCUCGAUCCAAAUCAAGAGAUAGAAAAAAACCAAGACGAUCACGCUCCAGAUCACGAUCACGGAGUAGAUCUAGAGACAGACCAUCAAGGAGAGACAAGGAUCGAUCUAGGUCCAGAUCUGGGGAAAGACGCUCACAAUCCAAAGAAAAGCGGUCACCUUCCAAAGAAAGACGCUCAACAUCGAGAAAUAAACGAUCUACUUCCGGAGAUAAGCGUUCUACAUCAAGAGAUAAGAAAUCGCGUUCACGUUCAAAAGAGCAAAAGUCUGCAUCUCGCUCUCGUUCUCGCUCUCGAUCACGUUCAGAGUCCAAGAGUCGAAAAUCACGUGAAAGAAAAGCGUCAUCGAGAUCUCGCAGCAGAUCGAAAUCGCCUACCCCAAGACAUGACGAAAAAAGUGAUCGCGACGACGGGGACGGUGUUUGCGAACGACGCGACAGUGACGAUGACGGGAGAGAUAGUGACAACUAACACAACAGAGUCAGGCAACUCGUUCACCAAUUGUUAAGAAUGAAACACUGAUUGUUUUAUUCUGAUUCGCAUGGUUUGCACCGAUAGACUUUAGCAAUGUCAUACAUUUCAAUCUUCCAUGGCACGGUUGUAAAUAUUGUUUUUAGCGGAUUUACUUUUAAAUUUGCUGUAUUUUUUUUCUCUGAUUAUGUCGUUUUAUACCUUUA